AUGGAGCGUGAAGAAACUCGCGCCGAUUGGGCGCGUGCAAGCCUGCCACGGCAUCGAAUUCGCCGGGACUACAUAAUGGAAGAUGGCUACGCGGCCUUCGAGCGCCUGAACACGGAGGCAGAGCUUCGCUCCGUCUUCGUGGUGGAGUUCGUUGCAGCCGAUGGCAGCCUCGAGAGUGGCAUUGAUGGAGGCGGAUUGUUUAAGGAGUUCAUGAUUCUUGUUUGUCGUGCCGCCUUGAGUCCAGAAUAUGGUCUCUUCGCGGCGUGCAGUGAUCAGACAGUCUACCCCUUCACCAAUUCCGCAGUUCUGCACAAGAACGCACCGCAACUUUACCGUUUUCUGGGCAAGGUCAUUGGGAAAGCCAUCUACGAGCAAAUGCUGCUGGAACACCAGUUCAACCGUGCCUUCCUCAACAGAAUGCUGGAGAGGUUUGGAGAUGCAGAGGAGAGCUGUCAGCUGAUGAGACUGAUCCUUCAGAAGCCUGAAAGGUGA